AUUUGCCAUCGACGUAGUCGGAGGGCCAUUUAAAAAAUUGCCUUGCCAAUACAGAAACGACUCUUUAGAAACACCGUUCUGGAAAUGACCGAAAGUAUUGUCACUCGGAGACUUUCCAAACGCUUGGCAUCGUUGGAUGCAUUUCCAAAGAUUGAAAAGCAGUUGCAGCAGACAACCAAGUCUGGCGGUCUUGUCUCGUUAAUGAUGUUGGCUGUUCUGGUGUAUUUAGCCUGUACUGAAAUUUACAGAUGGAGGUCCAUUGACCAGAGAUACGACUUUAUUGUUGACCAAACUCGAUCUCAUGAACAUUCGCUGCAGAUUAAUGUUGAUCUGACAAUUGCCAUGGACUGUAAAGUUCUUCGUGCGGAUAUACAGGAUAUUUCUCGAACUUCGUUGGUUUUGAAGGAUGCCAUUCAUGCUACACCAACUGUCUUUCGGACUCAAGGUGCUGUGAAGUAUACACGUGAGCAUAAUCAAUAUAUUGCUCAGAUUCACAAGGGAUUGCGAGAUUCGUCCAGAGAUCUUGAAGAUCAUGCUUCUGAAAGCGGAACACCGGAUGCAUGUCGUUUUCGUGGAUCUUUUCAAGCAAACAAAGUAGAGGGUAUGCUUCAUUUUACUGCGCUUGGGCAUGGCUAUUUUGGAGUUCAUACUCCGCAUGAUGCAAUCAACUUUACCCAUCGAAUUGAUGAGCUUUCUUUUGGGGCACGGUAUCCUGAUCUUCAUAAUCCCUUGGAUCAUACUCUUGAAAUCGGAACUACUAAUUUUGAUAGUUUCAUGUAUUUUUUAGGAGUGGUUCCGACUAUUUAUGUAGACAAAGCGAGAUCACUGUUUGGAGCAACUCUUUUGACAAAUCAGUAUGCUGUUACUGAAUUCUCCCAUGCCGUGGAUCCUCAGAAUCCAGAUGCACUUCCUGGCAUCUUUAUCAAGUACCACAUUGAACCGAUUUCAGUACGUAUCACAGAGUCACGUCUAGGUCUCGUUCAGUUUACUACUCGAAUGUGUGGCAUUAUUGGUGGCGCAUUUGUUACUAUUGGUGCUAUUCUUGGAUUUUUCCGGAAUGUUCGUACAAUGCUCUCGGCCAAAUAAAGAUCAUAGUAUUAAUUCUGUCAAUAUAGA